AACUGCACCUAACCCUCAACCACGAGUACCUCCGCAACUCCAUUGUCGCCGUCCACUUCAUCCUCCAGCACUCCCUUGCUCUGAGAACAUCUUCUUCCAUUUUCUUGUCUCUGACUCCAAUCUCAAUUCCCUCGUUCAAUCCACCUUUUCACAGUUAACAGGAUAAUUUUCUAUGUUCUGUUUUUGAGAUGGGGUACAAUUUUGUAUUCACAGAUGCCGAUAUCAUGUGGUUUAGGGACCCAUUUCCUCGUUUUCACCAUGAUGCAGAUUUUCAGAUAGCAUGCGAUCAUUUCAUGGGUAGCUCAUAUGAUUUAGAGAAUAGACCCAAUGGAGGGUUUAACUUUGUAAAGUCCAAUAAUAAAUCAAUAGAGUUUUACAAAUUUUGGUACUCUUUGCAAGAAGUCUAUCCGGGAUACCAUGAUCAGGAUGUGCUCAAUUUCAUCAAGGUAGACCCUUUCAUUAUUGAUAUAGGAGUGGAAAUGAGGUUCUUGGAUACAAUAAAUUUUGGUGGCCUUUGUGAACCAAGCAAAGAUUUAAAUUAAGUUUGUACAAUGCAUGCAAAUUGUUGUUAUGGCAUGGAUAGUAAGUUUCACGAUUUUUGAAUUACUA